AUGAAGAAAUCUUUUAUCUACAUAUUUAGUAUAUCUGUCUCUUAUUUAAUAAUUUCUUUAUCGACAACAGUUCUAAACAAGUAUAUUCUCACAAUCCUUAAUUUUCAAGUUCCAUUCCUUCUAGUUGUAAUGCAGUCAUUUUUUAUCUGCAGUAUUUUGUUAUCUCUAAAAUAUUGUGGUAUGUGUAGACUAUGUAUAAAUAACUAUAAAAUGUGGUUAAUUCCUUCUGUAUUUCUUUGUGUAAUGAUAUUUUCUGGCUCAAAAUCUCUUCAGUACCUUGAUAUUUCACUUUAUACCCUCGUAAAAAAUAGUAGCAUUUUAAUAGUUGCUAUAGUAGAAUAUUUUUUAUUUAAAAGAUUUAUUAAUUUACUAGAAAUUGUAUCAUUUUUGUUGAUGAUUGCCGCAUCAUAUAUAAACUUUUUCAAAAACGAAUUAUAUGGCAAUAUAUGGAUAAUAGUGAAUGUAGUAAGUACUACAAUAUAUAUUGUAUCUUUGCGUCAUAUUAUUUUACUUGAAAAUAGAAAUGUUGCAGAAUCAAUAUUUUUUCCAAAUUUAAUUAGUUUUUUUAUAAUAGGAAUAAUAUCCUAUGUUAACGAAAGAAAUAGCUAUACUGGUAUUCCUAAUACUGUAAUUGUAUACAUUAUAAUAUCAAGCAUUUGCGCAUUACUUACCUCAUUUACAACAGCAAUGGUUUUAGCUUGCUUGUCAUCCACAACAUAUAGUAUGCUAGGAGCACUAAAUAAGGUAAUUAUGGGAUUUACAGGAUUUAUUUUUAUAAAUGAAAAGAUUUGUUAUUACAAAAUGUUGUCACUCUUAAUUGGAAUGUUUGGUAUUUUGUUAUAUACAUUUAAUCAAAACGUAAAGAAUAUUAAUUUUGUAAGAAAAAAAUAA